UAGAGCCAGCCAAACCCUCACAAUCGAUGGCCGGCGGGGACGCCCCCAUCGCGGAAGCGGCGCCUCCUCCCCUCCACCGGCCGCGACGCCACCAAACCCGGCGUCGCUACUUCUACGAGCCCUCGAUCGGCGACUACUACUACGCAAGGCACCCGAUGAAGCCCACCGGCAUCCGGAUGGCCCACUCCCUCGUCGUCCACUACUCCUCCACCAACUCUCCAGAUCUCCCGUCUUUCCCGCCUCCCGCCGCCGACAUCCGCCGGUUCCACUCCGACGACUACGUCGACUUCCUCUCCUCCGUCUCCCCCUCCUCCCUCCCCCCGACGCCUCCUCCGACGACGCCAACAGCCGACAACCGCGAUUCUAAGAUGCUGAAGAGGUUCAACGUCGGCGACGACUGCCCGGUCUUCGAGGGUCUGUUCGAGUUCUGCCAGGCGAGCGCCGGGGGCUCGAUAGGGGCAGCGGUGAAGCUGAACAGGGAGGAUGCGGACAUUGCCAUCAAUUGGGCCGGGGGAUUGCAUCACGCCAAGAAGUGCGAGGCGUCGGGGUUUUGCUAUGUUAAUGAUAUCGUGCUGGGGAUUCUCGAGCUUCUCAAGUUUCACAAGCGUGUGCUAUAUGUAGACAUAGAUGUCCACCAUGGAGAUGGCGUUGAGGAGGCUUUUUACACUACUGACAGAGUCAUGACUGUCUCGUUCCACAAAUUCGGGGACUUCUUUCCUGGGACUGGGCAUGUCAAGGAUGUUGGCCAUGGGUCAGGAAAGUACUAUGCUUUAAAUGUUCCUUUAAAUGAUGGGAUGGAUGACAAUAGUUUUCAAGGUCUUUUCCGACCGGUCAUUCAAAAAGUCAUGGAGGUGUAUCAGCCUGAUGCAGUUGUCCUGCAAUGUGGCGCAGAUUCCCUUGCUGGAGAUAGGUUAGGUUGUUUUAAUCUUUCAGUUAAAGGGCAUGCAGAUUGUCUACGGUUCCUUAGAUCUUUCAAUGUGCCACUUAUGGUCUUGGGUGGCGGAGGCUAUACAAUUCGUAAUGUUGCACGCUGCUGGUGUUAUGAGACAGCAGUUGCAGUUGGAGUGGAACCGGAAAACAAAUUACCUUAUAAUGAAUAUUAUGAGUACUUUGGUCCUGACUACACUUUGCAUGUUGCACCAUCACCUGCAGAAAAUAAGAACACUGCAAAAGAUCUGGAGAAAAUGAGGACUGUGCUACUUGAGCACCUUUCAAAAAUACAACAUGUUCCAAGUGUGCAGUUCCAGGAGAGACCACCAAAUACAGAACCUCCUGAGGAGGAAGAUGAAGAUAUGGAUCAGAAACCAAAACUUUGGAAUGGUGAGUAUUAUGAUUCUGAACCUGAGGACCGAAUAUCAUGACGUAAACAUGGAUGAUCGCUCCUCUGGGAAUUUUUGACACAUGAACAGGUAACAAAUCAAAGCAGCAUAUCAUCAAUCCGAGCCACUUUAAUAUUCAUACAUUCCGAGGUCUUCUGUAACUCUUUAACUGCCAAAAAAUUCCAGUCAAGGGAAGGUACAAGUUAUUGUAAUAUUGUUAUGUACUUCAUAUCCCGUGCCGAUGCUUCUUCAAGCAUUCUCAUCGUGUAAGAAGUGUUUGCUUGGGUAAAAGUUGAGCUCAACAUUUCUCUUCUACUGGUGGACAAGCAAACUUGCAGAAGUGUUACGUAGGCAUUUAUGGCUAUGCGCUGUUCAUAAACUCAAACAUGAGUUAGAGCUAUGCAUUGACAUACUGCCUUGUUGUGAUAUGGAUGGCAAUAUUUGUUGACCUGUGUCUCAUGUCAUUUGUGAAUGAUUGUGUCAAGAACUUCCGCAUCAUAGGAAACUGCAUGCAUCGGUAAUUCGAUAAUCUAGAGGCUACACUUCCCUAGUCAUGUUCGAGAAAUUAUGUAUACGAGCAUGCUUGUUAGAUUGCACUUUUCAAACUACUCACAUUACAAGAGGGGAAAGUGUGAGGUCCUUUUUAUGAGUCAGUAAUUCUCAUAAAAGCUGAAGAGUAAGGAUGUUACACACUUCUCUAUCUUGUACCGGGGGAUUAGUUUGAGACUCGGGAGGAGUGGUCUUGUUAUCACCAGCUGUAUGUAUAAUGUGAAGGGCUAUGCAAUACUUUUAAGUACUCACAAUACAAAUGAACUAGCAUUUAUGCAAACCAACUUUGCUUAUAUUGUUAAUCAA